AUGGGCAAUCUAAGCUUCUCGCUGGUCUCCAGCGGAACAUGGCUAGCUGAUAGUGCGAACUUGCCGGGAGCCCUGGUUGGAUAUGGAUCGCCAGGCAGCCUAUACUCUCUGUCUGACGCAUUGGAUAUCACGCCCAGUACCUCCUACCGCUCAGUGAACAUCACCGACUAUGAAAGUUAUCUCUUCCUUGAUUCCUGCAACUUCGCCGGGAACGAGUACGACUGCUACUCCGCGUGUGAUGACAAUGCUUUUGAUUCGCUGUACUCCCUGCACAACUGCGUCGCGACUUCGCUCUUGGUUAAUUCGACCGAAAAGGAUUACAACAUCACAAAUGCCGACAGCCCCAAUGUAAUGGCAAUUGAUGGUCCUUCGACUACGAGCUACCUUGUAACGAAAGAUCCGGAAGCGACAGCUAAAACUGCCACUGGAAGGGUCUGGGGCUGCUUGAGUGAGGAGUGUACCAAAUAUCCAACGUGCAAGAAUGUAUUGCGAACUCUCAAUACCACGAAUAUCGAAACCGCGAGGGUUCCUACUAACGAACAGAAGGUCUACGUGUCCUACUGGAUCCAUGGCAGUCUUGCUCUUCUGAUCUUUUUUGCUUCUUUCGGCUUGAAGUAUCUGGCACCUUGGAUCUUUGCUCGGAGAAAUCGGGCCUCAAAGAAGACGGGAAAGAACGCCAAGGUCCAGGCUCAAGAACACUUGUCGCAUCUCGUGUCAGCAAUGUCCGACUUUCAAAAAGCGCAGUGCUUCUUUAUGGUCGCAAUCAACAUUGCUGCCAUAAAAGUCCAAAGACAGGGAGGCCUUGAUCCACAAACCUUGCAACAGAUCUACAACAAUUACUUAUUCCUCAAGCUCAUCGCUGUUAGUGGGUACCUCCCGAUCACAUUUACACUCUUCAAUCUUCAUCUACUCAACAUGACCUCGUGGUAUUUGAUCGUACUAUCUGGCUGUUGUAUCGUAUUUGCCAUCGCAACCCUUGGAGUUUUGGGCACAUUCAAGCCAACAGACUUCGAUUUACAGGAUCUUGCGACCUUCGCUGCCGAAGGUGGCUCCGAAGAGUGCCUAACCAAGCAGAUUUGGGCCUACUGUUACGAACCCCUUGGCUCGGAUUCCUCCUAUAGUCCCGGCUAUACCUCUAGUGAUGGUGGCAAUGUCGACACCAUGGCGUGGAGGAUACUGGCCUUUUGUCUGGUUAUUAUGAUUUUCUUGAUAACAAGUCAAGCCAGACUUCGUCAUCGUCCACCAGUGCGACGCCUUUUCCGAUGGAUUUGGUCAGAAAUACUGUCAUUGGCGAGGCACACGAGGUACUAUGCCGGGCGUCCCCAGGAAUUGCUCAUGAGAAUGCGCUUCAUGCAGAGACUAGUCGCUAAAAUAAAAAUUGAUGGGCCUCAAUUUCGGGACGACGCCAAAGACCUGUGGUUAUGGAUUUGGCAACGUACACCUGGAUGUCGCCCGAUCACUUCAAGAUGGCACGCAAUUCGCCUCUCAAAAGCAUGGAUGAACACAUCAUUCUGGUCCAAAGUCGCCAUGAAACGCAUAGAGCAUGAGAUCAAGGGACAGAUCCUCCUGACGCGCCAAAAGGCGGAGAAAGUUGGCCACGCCACCCUGGCUUAUAAAGUCUUCAAAUUCUGUAUCUACGUGACCUUUAUCGCCAUCUACCUCGACUUUUUCGCCCUCUUCAUGACCGAUUUGGCUUGGUUCGCAAGCAAUAACGUCUACAACAACACGUGGAAUUUCGGGCAAGUGGUCGCUCUUACCGUGUGGGCGCCGCCAAUUGCUGAAUAUAUCCACCUUGAAUUUCGCGGCAUGAGACGCGGCUUCGACCACAAACUCCUGCCCCCUUACCGCCUCACCCGGCGCGCCCUCACGAUGUCAAGCUCAACACUUGACCUCGAGCGCGCCGCCAUCGCCACGAUACAGCUAACGCCCAAGCCUCGCCCUCCAUCAACGAACGGCUCUGAUACCAGGGUCGUAUCUACCGACUACGCUUACGACGAUACUGCGUACCAUGGCGGUGGUGGAGGUAGUAGGGGGAAAGCGGGAUUAUUUGAUGAACAUAGGGGACAUGGGGAGGAAGAGACAAUGCCUUUGAGUCCGAAACGUGAUGGGGCCGUAGAGGGUGAGGGUUAUGACGACGCAGAGAGGGGGCUGGGAACGGGGUCAGAGGAUUCUGACCGGCACUCAUCCGACUCGGAUACUAUGCAGGAGACGUCGCCACUGAAGACGAGUAUUGAUGACACGGUCUGGCAGUUACCGGAACCGCAGUUCCCGUCGAGGAGUUUUUCGUUUAAUGUGCGUGGGUAUGAUCGUAUAUAG